UUUUCGCCAUUCACCAAUUGGCUGCAGUACUGUCAAUGAUUCCUAGUCGGCGCUUUUGAUCCACCAUUUACCUAAACGGGGUCACCAUAAUGGCGGCGCUCUUGAGCCGGUUAGCCUGUCGAACUUGUGUUUAUACGCGUUUCUGUCGAAGCUGUUUACAACUUAGUCUAAUAACUUCACAGCCCUACAGACUAAGGUCUACUGCGCUCAGUCAACGAGCUGCGGUACAAGCACCUUUACCCUCAGCAGCAGUCAACAACAACACAUCAACAGAAACAACAACAGAAGCCAAGGACGAUGGAGUUAAUAUAUCAGGACAGCAGCUUUUUCUCACCCCGUGUGAGUCCGGACCGUUAGAGAGUUAUCAGAACGCCGUCCAAGUCGGCUACUUGAGCCGGGACCCUCAUCAGCUGACCGUUAUACAGGAGUUACAAAAACUUCACGAGAUUUUGUCGCGAUCGCAGAAGGACGGUAGCGUUGGGUACAGGCCGCACCAACAGAGCUAUUUUGGAAAGCUUUUUGGUUUACGGCACAAGCAGGGAGCUCCAAAUGGUUUAUAUCUCUACGGAAAUGUUGGUUCAGGGAAGUCCAUGUUGAUGGACCUGUUCUACACCCACGUCUCUGUCACCAAGAAGAAGCGAGUCCACUUCCACGCCUUCAUGUUGGAUGUCCACGCACGAAUCCACAAGCAGAAGAAGUUGAUGCCCAAGCGUGUAGAGGGCAGCCGGAGGUCGCAGGCGUUUGACCCCAUCCCUCCUGUAGCCGAGGAGAUUAGCGAUGAAACAUGGCUGCUGUGCUUCGAUGAGUUUCAGGUUACAGACAUUGCGGAUGCCAUGAUCCUGAAACGGCUGUUUACAGAGCUGUUUCACCGGGGAGUGGUGGUGGUAGCCACUUCCAACAGGCACCCAGACGACCUGUACAAAAAUGGUUUACAACGGUCCAAUUUUGUGCCUUUUAUCAAGAUUUUGAAGUACAGAUGUGACUGCUUGGCCCUGGACUCAGGCACAGACUACAGAUUGCAGGGCAUGCCCACGGCUGGAAAAGUCUUCUUCUUGUCCACUCAUAAAAAGGCAGAUCAAGAGUUAGACAGAAUAUUUCAAGAGAUGACAGCUCGAGAAACAGGAGAAAUAGGACCACGAACUCUACGCCUGCUCGGGCGAGACCUCCACGUGCCGAUAGCCUGUGGAAGGGUGGCAGACUUCCAGUUUGAUGACUUGUGUGCAAAGCCACUAGGUGCUGCAGACUACUUAAAGAUUGGCCAAGAGUUUGACACAGUUAUAGUCCGUAAUGUGCCACAAAUGACCAUGACACUGAAGACACAAGCUCGGAGGUUCAUCACCUUAGUCGACACGUUGUACGACAACAAGGUGCGGUUGGUGUGGUCAGCAGCAGUCAGUCCUGAGGAACUGUUCCGAGUGGAGACAUUGGGAGCCAUGGACUCGGACUACAACAGGCUUCUCAUGGACGAUCUGGACAUCAAAGUUGGAACUGAUAACUCGGCGGCCAGUAUCUUCACCGGUGAGGAGGAGAUUUUUGCGUUUGAGCGGGCGGUGUCACGGCUGAAGGAGAUGCAGACUCAGGACUACUGGAUCAUCAGGGACGAGUGGAACAAGGAGAGGAAGAAACAGAAACCUGCGACAUGACAUCACUCGUGAUACAACUACUUCUGUGCCUGAAGUUUAGCAAUUGCAAAAUUCUAUGUUGUGACAAUUGUUCAUGUAGAGACAGUUCUAGACUCAAGAAGUCACUGAUACGUGGAAAGUAAUAUAGAUUUCAGGGCUUGAAAUAUUUUUCAUACCUGUACAGGUACCCUGGAUUUCUUCCUCAUUUCUUCCUCUCUUUGAUGCCCAACAUCAUAGCAAUGAUGACUUUGGCAUAUAUAGAAGUACACUUCAGAAUUACACUCAUAACUUUCUAUAAUCCAGUCUCAUAAUCUUAAGACCAUAGCUUGGGUUGGCUUCUGUAAGGGCAUAGUGUCACAGUGGUACUCAGUGGUUUGCAGAGCUGCAUAAUACCAAAUUGUGUCAACUGUAGGUGCCUCCACUACUUCACUGUUAAGACUGAUCCAGUACCUUAAAGUUCUAUGUAGGAAAGACCCUCCUCUAUACUGCAUCCGGGUGUUAACAAGGCAGAACUAUUUGUUGUGGGAUCGACACUGAUGUUUAUAUCCCAGCUUGCCAAGCAUACUUAACUGUGUCAGACACAAAAAUCAGUUAGGUUUACUUCUCAGAAAUGUCUAUUGGAUAGAGUUUGUUGAAAUGUACAUGUGUACAUAUAUUUUUUAAUUUUAAGUUGAAGUUGUAGCAGUUCAAUACUUCUUGAGUCAAGGCAAACAGUGCAACAUCAUUAUUUAAUAUAAUAUGCUCCAAGUUCAAGAUAGUUUCAGAGUGGUCAAUGUGUUUACAUUUUUUGCAAGGCAGGCAAAUUCUACCUGCAAAUUUUUAAUGUGACUUGUUUGAUUGUGUAAGACCUCAGAAAACUAGAGUUGCCAGUUUUACUCCAUUUGCCUGUUUUGCAGGCUCAGCAAUAAUUCUAUUAUUUUAUUAAUAUUAUUAAUAUAUUGAUAUUUCAAAAUGUUUAUCUAUAAUGACAUUCAAUAUAAUGUAGUUCUCCACAGUUUUAUUUUACUAAAAGUUGACAUAUAGGUGUCUAUCAUUGUAUAAUGUUUCUACUAUGCAAUAUUCUCUUCAGCAAAUUUCUGCUUAUAUUAUAUAGAUAUUUCAAUGUUCCAAAAUAUCGCUUGGAAGUGUGAAGAAGACAAUAUGAAAGUUUCAAGAUUUAGUUCGUAAAUAGGAAAAAACUGGGUCUGCUUAGGAUGUUAAGUUCUUUAAGAAAUUAAAUGGUAUUUGAGAAAGCCAUAUUGAAAAAAAUAGGAAAGUUUGUCUGGUCUGCAUACUACCGGUUGUGACACUUUAUAAAACAUAUUUAUGUCAAAUGAAUAAAACCAAAA